CGAGGCAUGGGACUUCAGAGAAGAGAGAGGUGAAAUCAGACUUUUAUGGGGAUAUAUUUAAUUGUAAGUGUGUAAGUGUAUCACAAACAGUUUCAAGAGAGAAUGAAGAUCCGCGUGGUGCAAAUCUGGGGCUUCCUAUUGACAGUGCUGGGCUGGAUAUUUAUAGCCUGCUCCAUGGCCAUGGAGGGCUGGAAGGUGACCUCCAUCGGUGGGCAGGGUGGAAGCUCAAUCAUCACUGUGGCCUGGUACUGGUCCAGCCUCUGGAGGGCCUGCUUCACAGACUCCACCGCUGUCACUAAUUGCUAUGACUUUCCUGUGCUCUGGUCGGUUGAAGAUCACAUACAGAUCGUCCGGGGCCUUCUCAUGGGAGGGCUCUCACUGGGGAUGCUGGGGUUCGUUCUGAGCCUUCUGGGGAUGGAGUGUACCUACAUUGGGGGCAAAGACAAGGAGAAGAACAGAACUCUGCUCGCUGGUGGAGUCUGCCAUCUUACCAGUGGAAUGCUGGCAGCCUCUGGUUAUGCUGUGUAUGCCCAGUAUGUCUCCGCUGAAUACUUCAAUCCUAAUUUUGACGGAUUAAGGUUUGACCUAGGCACGCCGCUCUUCCUUGGGUGGGCCGGCUCUGCCUUUCACAUGGCUGGGGGUAUAUUCCACCUGGUCUCUGUUUGUAAGAUAUGGUCUCUGACAUACAGGUGAGCACACACUCAUACACAUAUUGCUCCAGUCAUUCCCCUUCCGGCUGCAAUAGAAGAGCGUCCCAUCUCCACUGAGUUCUCCACACUGUCUGAGCUCUCCACCGUGUCUGAAGCAUCCUCUGUAUCUCAGCUUUCGUCGAGAACCAUACUUUCAACUGUUUCUGGAAUCACAGAAAAGACCGGACGCUCCUCAAAGUCCGGAUCCUCAUCAAAAUCGAAGCAAUCUGUACGAUCAAAGAGGUCUGAGAGAUCAGACAAGUCCCUGAGAUCAGAAGGGUCAUCUCGCUAA